AACAACUUUUGGGAUUAAACAGAAGCACAUGAUGAUUCAACCCCGUGAUUUGUAAGGGAGAGCCGCCUCAUGGACUCAGUCAUUUCCUUCUUUCUUUCUCUUUCCCUUUCUUCUUCCUCCUCCUGUGAAUCGCCCUGAUGGCCUCCCCGCGGCUGGAGACCUUCUGCUGCCCGAACCGGGACGCUGCCACGGAGCUGGCCGUCUCCUUCCAGCCGCUCCUGUUCGGGGCUCUGAGUCUGGCCAGCGCUGGACUCAGCCUCAUAUUCGCUGUUCUCCAGGUGCUGCCAAAGCGUAAAGGAUACAGGAGACUGGGACAGUAUCCUCUGCCCAGGCCCGCCUCCUCCUCCAGAAUAUUGCUCAUCAUCAGUGUCUGUGACAUACUGGGAUGCACAGGGAUCAUUGUCAGAUCUUCUGUGUGGCUGGGCCUGCCGAGCAUCAUCGAAGGCAUCUCAGUGACUAACAACACGGACGUGUUGCCAGAGACCUUCUGUGUUGGCAGCGCAAUGUGGAUCCAGUUGUUUUUCAGUGCCUCAUUUUGGUGGACUUUUUGUUAUGCUGUGGACGUCUUCCUGGUGGUGAAAACUUCUGCGGGGAUCAGCACCAUUGUCCUCUACCACAUGAUUACGUGGGGUCUGGCUGUGCUGCUGUGUGUUGAAGGAGUGGCCAUGCUCUACUAUCCAUCCAUCUCAGACUGUGAACAAGGCCUCCAGCAUGCUAUUCCACACUACAUCACCACGUACGCCCCUAUGCUCCUCGUCCUCGUAGCCAACCCUGUGUUCUUUAGCCGGACCGUCUCCGCAGUGACAUCUUUAUUAAAAGGACGACAAGGAAUUUAUACAGAAAAUGAGAGAAGGCUGGCUAACGACAUCAAAAUUCGCUUCUUUAAAAUAAUGCUUGUUUUCUUUGUUUGCUGGUCUCCAAAUAUCAUCAAUGAGUGCCUCCUCUUCUACCUGGAGAUGCAGCCAGACAUCAGCGAUAGCAGCCUUAGAGAUAUCAGAAAUGCAGCACUCACUACAUGGUUUAUCAUGGGCAUUCUGAACCCGAUGACGGCAUUCCUUAACACUCUGGCCUUUCAUGGCUGGACAGGGCUGGACGUGGACCUUAACCCACAGCAGAACAGAGAGCUGGCCUGGGACUCGGGCUCUACCUCUGUGCCUAACACACCUGGACAAAAUCCAGUAUUCGGAUCGACUCUGCUUUACCAGAGUCACGUUCAGGAAGUCCAGAAAAACACAGUGGGAAACGGACAGCAGCACUCUGAUGCCAUCAGCGUCCUCUCUGAAGGUUCAGAGUCUAGUACAGUUGAAAUCCACAUUUCCAGCGAGCUACACGGGGACGUAGAUGCUGACGGAGAGUCCUUGGAGAACUCUGUGCGACACUAGCUGGCCUCAUCAACACUCCAACUCUCUCCCCUUUUACAUCCUACUGGUUUUUAAUAGUUAGAUCUUGAUUAUCUAAAGUGUUAUGAUGGUGAAAAUAAGUCCUAUUCUCUUUUAUAAGACCUUUACCGUCAUCUGAACGUGCUAAAACUUCUGGAUUAUAGUUCAGUUUUUACUGAUCAGCUCCAGUGAUUUUUCCUCUCAUAGCUAAAAAGCUUGCAAAACAAGUUUAGUUUUUAAAAUCUAUUUAUAAACUGACAUUUAUGUUUUUGAAGAGAAGUUUCCACUGGAAAAUUCUUUCAAUUUAGUGCCCUGAUCUUGUAAAGUUGAUGCCAUCCAUAAGCUAAUAAUACACUACAAUUUCUCUUAGUGUUUUUUUUUUUUACCAAGGUGUUUUUAUCUCAAACUAUCUAUUAAGGUAUUUUAGCACAGAUCUAUCUGAUGUCGCAUUAAAUAUCUUUGGUUUUACAACAGAAUUUUGUAGCAGAGCUGAAUAUUUAGUUUGUGUAUACAUAUCUAAAUCAGUCUCAAUGUUUCUACAUUAAUCUGAAGGAUUAUUUGGUGAUCUUUUCAAUGACCAAUCUCUAUCACAUAACUAUUAAGAUUCCUGCAUAUUUCUCAGGAGUCAAAGUUUUUUUUUUUCAAAUAAAGAAUAAAUUACACAUUCUAAUAAUGUAAUCAAGAAAUAUGUUGAUAAUCUGCUAAAGAUCUUCUUACGUUUAAGUAAAACAUGCAAACAAAAAUGAAAUCUGUACUUAUUUACAAAGUACUGCAGAAAUGGGGGAAUUUCUUUGAUAAAGGAAUAAAUGUUGUAAAUGUCAGCCUUACAGGAAGUUCUGAGUUGGAACAGCUUGUUUAAGAUAGACACAUAAGGGGAGAAUGAGACAAACUAAACCAGUCGUUUCUACACACCAGAAAUACAGAGAUCUAUGACUCUCCGGUCAUCUCUCAGGAUGACUCGAUUACCGGAGAUAUUAUCUGGUGUUAGCCAGCUUGGAGAUCAAUCAGAAGCAGGCUGGUUUUCAUUUCCGGUACAGGUGUUGGGAUGUGUGGAUCUCCCCAGUUUAAAUGACAAGUUUUGAUGUUCAUGCUUCCAUAGAUCCCUGUUAUAGCCCACUGAACUGUUUAGGGC